GCUCCGGCUCCGCCCCGUUUCCCGCACCUCGCCCCUCCCCCCCGCUCCGACCUGCAGCCCCGCGGCCGCGCCGCAGCAUCGGGCUCCUUAGGCACAGACAGGCUUGUGCAGAGCGAAGCCGGGGAGAUCGGACUUUGCAGUGGGAGCAGCAGCCCUGUGGUCUGGGACCUGGCGGAGGGCGACCCCACCCAAGGGGGAGCAGAGGACCCGCCCUGACCUAGCGCGGCCCAGCCUAGUCCUGCCCGGCCUGAGCGCCCCGCCCAGGAGCGGGCUCUGUUAGCAGAGCCUGCUAAAAUCCGGGAGAUGAAAGGACUAAAGCCCAGCGAGGCUUAAUUGCUCGCCCACGGCCUCAACGCCCACAGUGCCGCUCCACGAGAACUGACCGUGGCGUUCGAGCUCCACUAGCCGUCGGGCAGAAGGAGACUAGCUCCCUGCGUUCCCACCGCACCUCGCUGCCACCAUGGACAAGAUCCUGGAGGCAGUGGUGACCUCGUCGUACCCGGCCAGCGUGAAGCAGGGGCUGGUACGGCGCGUGCUGGAGGCGGCGCGGCAGCCGCUGGAGCGGGAGCAGUGUCUGGCGCUGCUGGCGCUGGGCGCGCGACUCUACGUGGGCGGCACGGAGGAGCUGCCGCGCCGCGUGGGCUGCCAGUUGCUGCACGUGGCCGGCCGCCACCACCCCGACGUCUUCGCCGAGUUCUUCAGCGCGCGCCGUGUGCUGCGCCUGCUGCAGGGCAGCGCCGGCCCACCGGGCGCCCGUGCGCUCGCCUGCGUGCAGCUGGGCCUGCAGCUGCUGCCUGAUGGGCCCGCGGCCGACGAGGUGUUCGCGCUGCUGCGGCGCGAGGUGCUGCGCGCCGUGUGCGAGCGUCCUGGGCCCGCCGUCUGCGCGCAGGUGGCCCGGCUGCUGGCGCGGCACCCACGCUGCGUGCCCGACGGUCCGCACCGCCUGCUCUUCUGCCAGCAGCUGGUACGCUGUCUCGGUCGCUUCCGCUGCCCCGCCGAGGGCGAGGAGGGCGCCGUGGAGUUCCUGGAACAGGCCCAGCAGGUGAGCGGGCUCCUGGCGCAGUUGUGGCGCUCACAGCCCGCUGCCAUCCUGCCCUGCCUCAAAGAGCUGUUCGCUGUCAUCUCCUGUACAGAUGAGGAGCCCCCAUCCAGCGCCCUGGCCAGUGUGGUCCAGCACCUGCCCUUGGAGCUCAUGGAUGGUGUCGUCCGGAACCUCAGUAAUGAUGACAGUGUGACAGAUGCCCAGAUGCUGAUGGCCAUUAGCAGGAUGAUCGACUGGGUUUCUUGGCCCCUGGGGAAGAACAUUGACAAGUGGAUCAUUGCCCUGCUGAAGGGCCUGGCUGCCGUUAAGAAGUUCAGCAUCUUGAUCGAGGUUUCGCUCACCAAAAUUGAGAAGGUUUUUUCGAAGCUGCUGUACCCCAUUGUGCGGGGAGCUGCCUUGUGUGUCCUCAAGUACAUCCUCCUGACUUUCCAGCACUCCCACGAGGCUUUCCACCUGCUCCUGCCUCACAUCCCGCCCAUGGUCGCCUCCCUGAUCAAAGAGGACUCGAACUCAGGCACCAGCUGCCUGGAGCAACUGGCAGAGCUGGUCCACUGCAUGGUGUUCCGGUUUCCAGGCUUCCCGGAUCUGUAUGAGCCUGUCAUGGAGGCCAUUAAGGACCUGCAGGUUCCCAACGAGGACCGCAUCAAGCAGCUGCUGGGACAGGAUGCCUGGACAUCACAGAAGAGUGAGCUGGCUGGCUUCUACCCCAGGCUCAUGGCAAAGUCUGACACGGGCAAGAUUGGUUUAAUCAACCUGGGCAACACCUGCUACGUGAACAGCAUCCUUCAGGCCCUGUUCAUGGCUUCUGACUUCAGACACUGCGUGCUCCGUCUGACCGAGAACAACUCGCAGCCCCUGAUGACCAAGCUUCAAUGGCUCUUCGCCUUCCUGGAGCACAGCCAGCGACCCGCCAUUUCCCCUGAGAACUUUCUCUCUGCGUCCUGGACACCUUGGUUCAGCCCGGGCACCCAGCAGGACUGCUCAGAGUACCUGAAGUACCUGCUGGAUCGGCUGCAUGAAGAGGAAAAAACGGGCGCGAGGAUCUGUCAGAAGCUCAAGCAGUCCAGCCUGCCCUCCCCGCCGGAAGAAGCCCCAGGCCCGCGGUUGACCUCCGUGGAGACCAUGUUUGGGGGCAAGAUUGUGACGCGCAUCCGCUGCCUGCGCUGCCUCAACGUCUCCUCGCGGGAGGAGGCCUUCACGGACCUCUCCCUGGCCUUUCCUCCACCCGAGCGCUGCCGCCGCCGCCGCCUGGGCUCGGUGGUGCGCCCUGCGGAGGAGGUCAGGGCCCAGGGGGCCAGCAGGGUGGGGGCCCGGAGGCAGCGCAAGCUCUGCAUCGCUGGGGACGCCGCCCCUCCCUUGCUGGAUGUCCUGGGAGCGAACGAGCAGCAGGUGGACAGGGAGGAAGAGGCAAAGGAGGGGAGGGUGGAGAAAGAUGAGGGAGACGGGGAGAAGGAGGAGAAGGAAGUAGAGGAAAGCCCCCUGGCAAGGGAAGAAGAGGAGGAGGAGGAGGAAGAGAAGGUGAAGAAAGAGAAGGAGGAGACAGAGACAGAGAAGGAGAAGGACGAGGACGGCUUGGGCCCCGGAAUUGCUGCCGCUGCCACCACCCCCACCCCCACGGGGGAGCCGAGCAGCGGGUCCGAGGGCUCCCGCUCCGUGCUGGACCUGGUCAACUACUUCCUCUCACCCGAGCGGCUGACGGCGGAGAACCGCUACCACUGCGAGUCCUGCGCCUCCCUGCAGGACGCCGAGAAGGUGGUGGAGCUGAGCCAAGGCCCGCGCUACCUCAUCCUCACGCUGCUGCGCUUCUCCUUCGACCUGCGCACCAUGCGGCGCCGCAAGAUCCUCGACGACGUCGCGCUCCCGCUGCUGCUGCGCCUGCCGCUGGCCGGCGGCCAUGGCCAGGCUUACGACCUGUGCAGUGUCGUGGUGCACUCGGGUGUGUCCUCCGAGAGCGGCCACUACUACUGCUAUGCCCGCGAGGGCGCAGCGAGGCCGGCCGCCUCUGCCCUGGGGGCCUCCGACAGGCCGGAGCCCGAUAACCAGUGGUACCUGUUCAAUGACACCCGAGUGUCUUUCUCCUCCUUCGAGUCUGUCAGCAACGUCACAUCCUUCUUCCCCAAAGACACGGCCUACGUGCUCUUCUACCGGCAGCGGCCCGGGGAGGUGCCAGUGGCCGAGCCCGGCUCCCCCAGGGCGCGGGCAGAGCCCACACUGCACAAGGACUUGAUGGAGGCCAUUUCCAAAGACAACGUGCUGUACCUGCAGGAGCAAGAAAAAGAGGCUCGGAGCCGAGCAGCCUACAUCUCAGCCCUCCCUGCGUCUCCCCACUGGGGCCGGGGCUUUGACGAAGACAAGGAUGAGGACGAAGGCUCUGCGGGAGGCUGCAACCCUGCAGGCGGCAAUGGCGGGGACUUCCACAGACUGGUUUUCUAAUGAGAACCCUCUCCCAGGCUGUUUCCUAAAUCACGGGCAAUCAAGGGAACCCUGGACCCCCCUCUUCUGGGUAGCCAGCUGGGAUUCUGAGGUCCCGGGCAGAGGAGCAGGUUGAGACCUGAUGUAGGCCCUUCCAAGGGCAGUGUAACCCUGGCCCUUAUUCCAGUAGCAGAGCCGUACAGGUGGAGAGCUGAGCCUUGGGUUCUGACACUGGGACAGCUGCAUUAAGAUGGUACUCCCAAGUGUCUUGGCUGACAGGCAGAAACCUCACUGGAUUUGCAGUGGGCUCUGGCCUCUAGCCCACCUCUGUCCCAGAAGUAACCAACCCUGGGCUAAGAGGACUGUGCUUGGGAGGCAGGGCUGGGCCUAGCCUCCGCUGACUGGCGCUGGUCGCCUUGCCUCGGGGGCCUCCUGGUCAGCUCUGGCUGUAGCAUGGAUGCAUGCCUGAGGCCCAGGGUUCCCUCUGGCUGGCCUCCCGCUCUCCUGAGAGCUUUGGGACUGAGUCAGGUGUGUGCCUCUGACAUUGCCCUCUGGAGAGCCAUGCCAGGUGAUAAGCAGCCUGGCCCAGG